AUGCCGAUCCGCGUCAAGCUCAAACCCCAGCCGGUACGCGAGGGCAGUCCCUUCUCUGCUCGAUAUGACGCCGUCGAGCUGCCCUACAUUGGCCCCGACGACUCGUUCCGCCUGGUGGUCAAGAAGCUGUCGCAGUACUUCACCGACGCCGUUGAGCUGCCCAGCACCUUUGAGCAGCUGCGCACGACUUCUGCCGGCGACUGUCUCCGGCUCUUGGUUAACCACCUCACGGACACAUGCGCCAACCCGGCCAUUGUCAAUGCCCUCUUGGCUCUCAAGUGGCAUUAUGCCUUGGAUCGUGACAACCAGGGCCUUGGGGAAGCUCGGUCCAACGCCUGUGAGAUUGUAGCCUGGCGAUUCCUGACCCGCCACUCAGAGCGUGAGGCCGUGACAUUCUGUCUCUACGAGAUCCCGGACCGUAAGAAGACCAAGGCUCAGCAGCAGCAGCAGCUUGCCAAUGACCCCGAAGCUGGCGAGCGAGCUCCCUUGCUGCCCCGCGUGCUGGCAACUUUUGAUGGUUCAUCUCCCAGCGCACCCGUGGGCAGUUCAUCCAAGAAGAUUCAGCUUCUCUCAUCUCUUUCUCGCCUGACCAACCUCAGUUUCGAUGACGACGAUGACGACGAUGAAGAGGAUGACCCCACCGCUGCUUUUGAAGGUUUGAAUGCGCUAGAGAUUGCUGCCGUCGCCAACGCCAAGCGUUUCCUCAGCCAGCAUGUCGUACAGAAGAUUAUAUCCGGCAUAUGGAACGGUGACAUUGUCUUUUGGGAUACCAUGGCUGUCAACUCGUCCAAGCAUCCCCAUUUCUAUAACCCGACCACGUCGGAUCCUUAUUCCCGACUCCGUGUGCCCAAAUACCUCAAAUGCUGGGAGGUCUUAUUCUUUGGUGUGUUUCUGUGCUUGUACUAUUCUGUUCUCAUCGUGCGAGACGAGACCCGUCUCACUGGCCCUGAGAUUGCUCUGUUCUUCUGGAUUGCCGCCUUCUUUUAUGAUGAGUUGAGUGAAUGGGCGGAUGCCGGAGCUAUUUUUUACGCCACUGAUAUCUGGAAUUUGUUUGACAUGAUUAUGAUUCUCAUUGGCAUCAUCUUUGCUGUCUUGAGAAUCAUUGGCAUCCUGCAGCCAGAAACGCGCUGCAACGACUUAGCAUUUGACGUGUUGGCUCUGGAAGCCCUCUUUAUGAUCCCCCGUAUCUGCUCCAUCCUCAGUCUAAGCCCUUACUGGGGAACCUUGAUCCCCUGCCUCAAGGAAAUGGGCAAGGACUUUAUCAAGUUCAUGGUACUGAUCAUCAUCGUCUACCUUGGCUUCCUCACUACAUUUUCACUCGUUGGCCGAGACAGCUUCAGCUUGAGCAAGAUGACGGGCAUUCUGACCAAGAUCUUUUAUGGCUCGAGCUACGUUGGCUUCGAGGUCAUGGACCAGAUUGAUCCUAUUUUCGGCCCUCCCUUGAUGGUCAUUUUCAUCACCCUGUCUUCUUUCCUCCUCAUGGGAUCACUUACCGGUAUGCUCUCCAACAGCUUCUCUCGGGUCGUCACCCACGCCAAGGAGGAAUAUCUCUACGUGUACAGCGUCUACGUGCUGGAGGCGUCGACCAGCAACCGACUUACCCAUUUCUACCCACCAUUCAACCUACUUUCCCUGGUUCUUUUCCGCCCGUGGCGAUACAUCUUUCCACGGUACCACAAGUACCGCGCAGGUAGAAUCUGGCUUCUCAAGGUGACCCACGCACCCAUUGUUGCAGUCAUUAAAUUCUACGAGUGGCUCAAGUACAAGGGAGACGACGACGACGAGUUUCGCGGCUUCAAAGGCCCCAAGGAGCCCAAGGGCCGGCGGCGAAGAUCGGAUAUUGGUCCGGGGGCCGUUACGGGCCGUCCUGCGCUUUCAUCGCCUCGUAGAUCUGGGGCGGCGAGGUUGCUACCGACUAGCCGAAUGAGAGGGGAGGACGACGUUGAUGCGCCGUCGUCGGUGGAAGUCCAGGUUAUGGAGCUGCAGCAGAAGAUUGACCAAUUGACUGCGGUUGUUCUUGCGAUGAGGGAAAGUCAGAUUGUGAACGACGAGAAUGAGACUGCUGCUGAUGGGAAUAACGUUGGCUCUUUGUAG